AUGGCGAUUGGGAUCCUUGCCGGGACUGGGGUGUCUCAGGGCUGCACCCCACCACCAGGUGCUCGGAACUUGGCGCUGGGGCGCCCGGCCACUCAGUCCUCCACGUUCGAGAAUAAAGAGACAGGAAAAGCCAUGGCUGGAAAGGCCGUGGAUGGAAAACGCGAUGGGAAGUGGGAACAAGGCUCCUGCAGCCACACCCAGUUCGACACAGAGCCGUGGUGGACCGUGGACUUGGGCAGUCGUCAGUCUGUCUCCGCGGUGAUCGUGAAGAACAGGGAAGACGAAUGCUGUGGGGAGAGAAUCAGGGGAGCCCAGAUCCACGUGGGAGACUCCUUGGCCGACCAUGGCAAGCAGAACCCCAUCUGCGGGACCAUCACCGACACCAGACCGGGAUCCGUCAGCACCAUCUGCUGCAACGGGCUGGAGGGCCGCUAUGUCACCAUCGUCAUCCCGGGCAGGGCGGAGUUUCUCACCCUGUGUGAGGUCGAGGUCAUAGCUCAGGGCUGUGCCCUAUCACCAGGAGCUCGGAACUUGGCGCUGGGGCGCCCGGCCACUCAGUCCUCCACGUUCGAGAAUAAAGAGACAGGAAAAGCCGUGGCUGGAAAGGCCGUGGAUGGAAAACGCGAUGGGAAGUGGGCACAAGGUUCCUGCAGCCACACCCAGUUCGACACAGAGCCGUGGUGGACCGUGGACUUGGGCAGUCGUCAGUCUGUCUCCGCGGUGAUCGUGAAGAACAGGGAGGACGAAUGCUGUGGGGAGAGAAUCAGGGGAGCCCAGAUCCAUGUGGGAGACUCCUUGGCCGACAAUGGCAAGCACAAUCCUAUCUGCGGGACCAUCACCGACACCAGACCAGGAUCCGUCAGCACCAUCUGCUGUAACGGGCUGGAGGGCCGCUACGUCACCAUCGUCAUCCCGGGCAGGGCGGAGUUUCUCACCCUGUGUGAGGUCGAGGUCCUAGCUCAGGGCUGUGCCCCACCACCAGGGGCUUGGAACUUGGCACUGGGGCGCCCGGCCACUCAGUCCUCCACGUUCGAGAAUAAAGAGACAGGAAAAGCCGUGGCUGGAAAGGCCGUGGAUGGAAAACGCGAUGCGAAGUGGGCACAAGGUUCCUGCAGUCACACCCAGCUCGACACAGAGCCGUGGUGGACCGUGGAUUUGGGCAGUCGUCAGUCUGUCUCUGCGGUGAUCGUGAAGAACAGGGAAGACGAAUGCUGUGGGGAGAGAAUCAGGGGAGCCCAGAUCCAUGUAGGAGACUCCCUGGCCGACCAUGGCAUGCAGAACCCCAUCUGCGGGACCAUCACCGACACCAGACCGGGAUCCGUCAGCACCAUCUGCUGCAACGGGCUGGAGGGCCGCUACGUCACCAUCGUCAUCCCGGGCAGGGCGGAGUAUCUGACCCUGUGUGAGGUCGAGGUCAUAGCUCAGGGCUGCACCCCACCAGCAGGGGCUCGGAACUUGGCGCUGAGGCGCCCGGCCACUCAGUCCUCCACGUUCGAGAAUAAAGAGACAGGAAAAGCCGUGGCUGGAAAGGCCGUGGAUGGAAAACGCGAUGGGAAGUGGGCACAAGGCUCCUGCAGCCACACGCAGCUCGACACAGAGCCGUCGUGGAUCGUGGACUUGGGCAGGCGUCAGUCUGUCUCCGCGGUGAUCGUGAAGAACAGGGAAGAUGAAUGCUGUGGGGAGAGAAUCAGGGGAGCCCAGAUCCGCGUGGGAGACUCCUUGGCUGACCAUGGCAAGCAGAACCCCAUCUGCGGGACCAUCACCAACAGCACACAAGGAUCCCUCAGCACCAUCUGCUGUGAUGGGAUGAAGGGCCGUUACAUCACCAUCACCAUCCCGGGCAGGGAGGAGUAUCUCACCCUGUGUGAGGUCGAGGUCUACGGCACCCAGCUGGGGGAUACGCGCUAG